UGGUUUUGGUUUGGUGAUCGAAAUGGGUUUUGGUUAAUUUUUUCUGGGUUCUUUUUAAUUUUUGAUUUUGUGGUCUUUUUGUUUGUUUGUAUGUGUUUUUGUUUUGAUUGGUUGAGUUGAACAUUUUGCUCUGUUGGAUAUAUUUUGAUGAUGGAGAACUUUGUUCUACAGCUGGGUUUUGUUUUUGUUUCUUCUUGUUUAUUUGUUCAACUUGUAGCUUAUUUAGUUUGUUAAUUGUUGCUUAGUUGGUGAAUUUUGAGUUAAUUUCCAGUCCAUUGUGAGUUAUUAAGUGGUUCAUUUGGUGAUCUUAUGAUUUACAUGGAAGAUUCAUGUAAACUACAUGAUGAACAUUGUAUUUUUUGAUUGUAAACUUGAGACUGCGUGUUAUGUUAAGUAGCACGAACAUUUCAUUCAAAAGCGUGUCCGAAACGAGGUCACGAAACUUCGUUUUUGAACAAAGAAGGCUAGUGCUCUUUGCGCGUGUCCCGUUCUCUUCUCCAAUCCUCCGAGCACAUCCUACUGUAUAUCUAACAGCCAGAGGUUGAUAUAUUUUGUUUCUUGUUUUCUAAAUAUAUAUAUAAUGGAGGUCAAGCUAUGGAACGACAAGCGCGAAAGAGAAAUGUAUGAGAAUUUUGCCGAGCUCUAUGCCAUAAUUAAAGCCACAGAGAAGCUCGAAAAGGCCUAUAUCCGUGACAUCAUUUCCUCAUCAGAUUACGAAAUGGAAUGCCAGAAACUUAUCGCUCAUUUUAAAACCCUAGCUUCCACAUUGAAAGACAUAGUGCCUAGCAUCGAGCGGUUUGCAGACACGUACAAGAUGGAUUGUCCGGCUGCCAUAAACCGUUUGGUGACUUCUGGGGUGCCUGCCACGGUAGAACACCGAGCUGCUUCAGCGGCUACAGGGACUACAUCGGCUGCCAUUGUGGCGGAAUGUGUGCAGAACUUCAUUACAGCUAUGGAUUCAUUGAAACUGAACAUGGUGGCGGUCGAUCAGGUUUACCCUGUGCUCUCGGACCUCUCGGCUUCACUUAAUAAACUAAGCAUCUUAACAGCAGAUUUUGAGGGGAAAAUAAAGAUGAAAGAGUGGAUUUUAAGGCUGUCUAAGAUGGGAGCAUCUGAUGAGUUAACAGAGCAGCAGGCUCGACAAUUACACUUCGAUCUCGAGUCCUCCUACAACUCGUUUAUGGCAGCUUUGCCUAGUGAUGGUACUUGACUUGGUUUGAGUUAUUCAAUAUAGUAUCUUGUUGUUGAUUGAACUUCUCAGUAAUGAGAUGAAGAAUUACUAAUUUUGUAACAGCUUCUAUACGUUUUGUGAAUGGCUGAAUUGAGAUUAUUUGUUGUGUUA